AUGUCCCAACAACAACAAGGCAGCGGGGAGCUCCCGAGCUCCUCGGCAGUGUCCCAACAACAGCAAGAACAGCAAGACAUCGUGGUUGCUCUUCCCCUGCCAGGCGGCAAGACUAUCACGUGCGAGUCGGCGCUCCUAAAACAAAUGGACAUUCUCAAGGAGCUGCAGGAAGUCGCCGAGAACAAAUCACUGUACGAGAUGCUGUGGAACGAGAGACAGGCUAUCGAGGCCAUCGUGCGGCAACACGCGGGCGCCAACUGCGACCCCAAGGCAGAGUACACCUGCACUAUCUCGCCCACCGACGAAUGGAUCCAAGGCGGCUUUAACGUCUGCAUUCCAGUCUGCUUCGGCACGGCCGACGGUCAGCAUCAGAAGCAGCUUCUUUUCCGGUGCCCCCUCCCGUACAAGUUCCCCGAGGCCCAAUACCCCGGCACUAUCGACGAAAAGGUCGGCAUGGAGGUGGGCGCGUACGUCUGGAUCCAGGAAAAUUGCCCCGACAUACGCAUCCCACACUUGUAUGGAUUCGGAUUCUCGGACGGUCGACAGCCACGGAUUGGGUCGUUUCAAUUCCACGACGAUGGCACCAUCUCUCUGACAAACCGGCCCCUCGAAUCGACCAUCGCACGGUUGGAGAACGAGGGCGCCCCGAGGACUAUGCCGCAGAACGCCACGUACCAGGCUACCGAAGCUUACGUCUCUGACAUGCUCACCUUUCACGACCGCAGCUUUCUCAACCACCCAAACGCGAGGCCAUUCAUUCUCCAGCACACAGACCUGCACGGGGGCAAUGUUUUCGUCGACGACGAGUGGAACGUCACAUGCAUCAUAGACCUCGAAUGGCUAUGCGCGUUGCCGGCGGAAUCAAUAAAACUGCCGGUCUGGUUCAUUUGCCGCGGCAUUGACCAGCUGGUUGGCGAGGACCUGGUCAGAUUUCGUCUCAUCAAGGACGAUUUUACGUCGGCCCUUGAAAAAGAGGAGCAAGCGGCCGCGGCAUGUCUGCCAUUAUCGCGCAUCCUGCGAGAAUCAUGGGAAUCUGGCGCCACAUGGUUCUGGUUUUCUGUUUAUUCUCUCAACGCCGCCGUCUAUGUCGUCCAAGACCACAUCGUGCCAAAGUUCACCAAGGAGACAACGAAGUUCAAAGAAGUGAUGCAUCAGUUCUGGGGCCCAGGGGUUGCCGAGGUAAUCCAGGCGAAACUUGCCGACAAAGAGGCAUACGACGAGGAAAUCCGAAAGUUAUUCGGAAAGCCGGCUCGCCCAGAAUCGGCCGAGGAGGGCCCAGCGCCAGCCGAAAAGGUUUCGGCACCGACCGAGGGCCCAGCACCGGCUGAGGAGGGUUCGGUACCGACCGAGGGCCCAGCACCGGCUGAGGAGGGCCCGGCACUGACCGAGGGUCCUGCGCCGGCCGGAAUGCCUAGGUCCGACUGAGAGCUCACCACCGGCUAGGAUCUCCACGUCCGACCCGGAAUUCGAAACCGACAGCGGAGACGGAGCAAGAGGUAGGCACUGGUAGUUGGGUCAUUUUCGCAGACAGAGUAGUUCUUGUUGAGUGUUGUGCACGGACCCUCGGUCACGUGACGGGCGAGGGCCUCUUACCCGUCGCCCGCGCGGCACACGGAUUACUUCACUUUGGAGGAUCCGACACGCACAGAUAGAUCGCCCACGCCUUUGAUUGAUACGAGGCUUAGGCGAUAGAUACUCCUGGCACGCUUCGGGGUCGCCUUAUAUUUACGUCAUUUCCCUCUCCUACUGUCACCUUGAUGCCAUAGCUCUCGUGUCGAGUCUUAUACAACACACCAAUCACAUUGAACCCCAGCCAUUGCUUUGAGCAUCGGUACGCUCAAAGGAACCGGUUUCCCAGAUCGGACUUCUUUUAGACUAAUCGUCGGAGGUGCAAACUGUCGGAUUAAGGGAAAGCCGGCAAAGGAAAAGCCAACGAUCCCAGGACUAAAUACUGGCGUUGUGGGUAUGUCAUGUGACCCACCUCACACACUAAUUAUUGUCUUUCCUAUUGCCUAAGUCACUGUGAUCUCAUCAGGAUGGUUGAGCGGGACCUUCUGAACGAUGGCGGACUCCUUGUUAGCAUCUUUUAUAAUCCCUUCUCUAUCACCCAGAAAAUUGACGUUUUACCUCGUUGCCGCUUGAGCUCGACCCCUGCCUGCUUCCUCCUUCUUGCCUGGGCCGCCAGCGCAGUAGGUACGAGUUGAUCAAUCUCAUCGGGCC